CGACAAUGAGCUCUUGGAACGCCCCCCUAAACAUGUGUCCUCAGAGGAAGUUUCGUUGAAGGACUCAACCGAUAUCAGAAGCACAGAUGAUUCAGCCCCAGGGGCAUUGGGCAAGCGGAGGUGACGGUCAUCAGAACAGAGUCCAUGUGCCUGGCAAUCCAGUUGGCCUCCUGAAUCAGGUAGACUUGCUGGGAACGCCGCUGCAAGACCGUCUGAAGCAUCCAGAUCUCCACUGGCGGAUCCAACUUUAGAUAAGUGCAGGAUGGCCGUCAAACAUAAAGUGGAGAAUUUGUUCUCUCCUUGAACGUCCAAACCGACAUCAGGUUUGCAGCUUUAUUUCAAAUGUUGAUGGGUUUGGUGUCCCAAUGAAUAGAUUUUACGUCGCCGUUGUCCUCUGGACCUCCACGGCCACCUGCUUCUCAUUAUUCAAUCGUGCCGAUGGCUUCAAGGUUCUCUCAUCAAGCCAUGGUGAUAGAUUUACGAUCGGUCUCGAUGUCGAGAUUCGAUGGGAAGCGCCUGAUACAGAACGAGUUAAACUCGAAGUUCGAAAGGGAUUCCCCCAAAAUUUAACUACAGUCCACGUCAUUACACAGAACAUCAACAACAAUAAAUGGCGCAGCCGUGACGACGCCUUUCUCAGAGCAAAGGGGUCUUCGAGCCUCCCAGUUGCUCCGCUAAGUGGCUGCGACUACGUUAUUACAACUCGUGACGGGCAAACAAGUGCUCGUUCGGGAUACUUCACUAUAAUUAAUGUUCACGACGACGGUUUACCGCCGGAUCCUGUCCGUCCUAAUGUGGCCCCGAGUCGGCGUGAUGGCGGCCCAACGAGAGGUCCAGGGUCGCCUAAUCCCACAGGAGGAAAUUAAAGCGGAGGGCCUGGGAACGCCGGCAGAAGACCACUUAACAAUAGAGUGACAAAGGUCAUGCUUUGGGGAGCAGUGGGCUGUAUUGCUGCCGGAUUGAUCCUCGGUUUUACAUCUACUUCUUGGUAGAUCGCGAGGUUAGUUCGUCACUGACGCGUAUAUACGAUCAGUUAUUGCCAAUAAUCCUUAUACGCGGCGGUACAUAGACAGUGGACCACAACAAGAGCUUAGUUCUGCUCUAAUGUAUCAGAUGGCAGCGAGGCCAGAGAAAAAAAAUAAUUCAUGAUCAGGAUUGCGACAUAUUAAUGAUUGUACGAUUAAUGUGGCUUUCUGACUCUCAGCCUAAAUGAGUCUUGAUGGCGUAUACGUCUAGAAUCGGGAUAUUCACCUUUAAUAUCG